CGGAAUCCAACACAACAAUGGCGACUCCCAGUCCUGACAGCAACUCCACAAGCUCCGGCAACAGCUGCAACAUUGUAGGAUCCACGUCGCACCAUUUCCACCACCAGACACAGAGCAGCAGCAUGCAAGAAACCAACACCUGCUGGAGAUGUCAAAAUGAAACAGGGUUUCAGAUAAGCCUGUCUGGAGUGUCCCAAAGUAAACGUAAAGCUCUGAAGCUGAAUUUCGCCAACCCUCCAGUGAAACCGGCCUCCAGGCUCCCGCUUCAUCCAACGCCUCCCUCUUUCCAGAACCCUCACAUAGAGCGUCUGCGGACACACAGUAUCGAGUCGUCGGGGAAGCUGAAGAUCUCUCCGGAGCAGCAUUGUGACUUCACGGCAGAAGAUCUGAGAGACCUCGGGGAGAUCGGUCGCGGGGCUUAUGGCUCCGUUAACAAGAUGGUCCACAAACCCACGGGCCAGAUCAUGGCUGUCAAGAGGAUUCGCUCCACUGUGGAUGAGAAGGAGCAGAAGCAGCUGCUGAUGGACCUGGACGUGGUGAUGAGGAGUAGUGACUGUCCCUACAUCGUUCAGUUCUACGGAGCUCUCUUCAGAGAGGGGGACUGUUGGAUCUGUAUGGAACUUAUGGCUACCUCAUUAGACAAAUUCUACAAAUAUGUAUAUUGUGCAUUAGAUGACGUCAUUCCAGAGGAAAUAUUAGGCAAAAUAACAUUAGCUACCGUUAAAGCACUGAACCACUUAAAAGAAAACUUGAAAAUAAUUCACAGAGACAUCAAACCUUCCAACAUUCUAAUGGACCGAACGGGUAAUAUCAAGCUGUGUGACUUCGGCAUCAGUGGUCAGCUGGUGGACUCCAUAGCCAAGACCAGAGACGCAGGCUGCAGACCUUACAUGGCACCUGAGAGGAUAGACCCCAGUGCUUCCAGACAAGGCUACGAUGUGCGCUCUGACGUGUGGAGCUUGGGGAUCACCCUGUACGAGCUGGCCACAGGAAGGUUCCCGUACCCAAAGUGGAACAGCGUCUUCGACCAGCUGACACAAGUGGUGAAAGGUGAACCUCCUCACCUCAGCAACUCAGAGGAGAGGCAGUUCUCCCCCAAGUUCAUCAACUUUGUCAACCUAUGCCUUACAAAGGAUGAAUCAAAACGGCCAAAGUACAAGGAGCUUCUCAAACAUGCCUUCAUUCUGAUGUAUGAAGAGCGUUUUGUGGACGUUGCCAGUUACGUAUGUCGCAUCCUGGAUCAGUUCCCCACCUCUCCCAUCUCCCCCAUGUACGUGGACUGAUGGAGUUAAACUGGGGGGGGGGGGGACACGAAGCUCUGUGAUGCAACGCUUGAAAUGUAAGAGUUGAGUAGGAUCACCUGUUUAUUCACACGUUCCAAAGAACAAAGGAACUAAUGGUGCAAUGAGACGAAUAUUGUAAAGCAAACCCUUCCACCUCAUUUUAAAGUAAAUCUAAAAUCACCCAUCUUCAGCCAGGAAAACGUGGAGACAUUGUCUUCAUGAAAUGCAAUGCAUCUUUUCAUGUGGGGGGGAAAUGAAUAGAGUAUACAUAUGGUAUAUAGAAAGUAUAUACUUGAAGUGGUUAUACACAAAUACAGAAUCUACCAAAUAAAAUGUUGAACAGUGA